GAAAAUCCGAUUUGUAGUGUUCACGCUGCCAUUUUGGUUUUAAUUGUCUUAGAAGAAGCUUAGAAUAUUAGCGUGUUCAAUAAAUUUAUAAACAAAGUCUUAACAGGAAUAACAGUGAUAGCACAACAAACAUGCCACCAAGGGGUAAAUUAAAACAGCAAGAUGAUCUCCGUCUCCGAAAAAAUCACCUUUUAUUGAAGAAUGAAUUAGACGCCUUGAAGAUCACGGACUUUCUGUAUGAAAAGGAUAUAUUAGACAGAGAUGAUAUUGAAAGAAUCGAGUCAGGAAGGACUACGAUGGAAAGAAAUGAAAUUCUAUUGAGAAGAAUAUCAAACAUAGGUCCGGAAGGUGCCUUUGACAUAUUUUUAGACUCCCUGAAAGAAGAUUAUAAGCAUCUGUAUGAUGCACUAGUUAAAGAACCCACUACACAUGAUCAAAAAGCCGUCGAGGAAAGCCAUUGUGCUACAUCAAAUGCAACAGGAGGAAAUGAUCGGCAUAUAAUGAUUAGCUACUGCCACGCUGAUAAAGAGAUUGUACACAAAAUCUACCACAGCCUUCAAAGUCUAGGCUACAACUUGUGGAUAGAUAAAGAGAAGAUGGAAAUAAAUGUGUUCGAGAGUAUGUCUCAAGCUGUUGAGGAUUCUUCGAUUGUUAUUAUGUGCAUCUCUCAGAAAUACAAAGAUAGCGCCUACUGCAAAAUGGAAGCGGAAUAUACCUCGAAUCUAAAAAAAGACUACCUCAUAGUGAAAGUGACACCGAACUACAAACCAGACGGUUGGCUCGGGUUGAUGCUAGGUCAAAAGUUAUACUUUGAUUUCUGUGGCAGGAGUCCAUAUGACACCGUGAUGCAGGAGCUAGUUAAACAGAUUGAAGUCAUAACAAGGAAACAGAGCUCAAGUUCUUGAUGUGUCGAGAGAUUGAAGGGGAAUCAUUAGGUCAUACACCUCGUUUCUUGUAAUAUUGAUCGUAUAGUGUUGCAUUAACUCUUUCUCUCCUAACUGACGAUACCAACGUUGAUUCUACCAGAAUGUGGUAAAUAAUUACGGAGAGAAAGAGUUAAUCAACUGGAGAUCUUGGAGUAUUUUUUCCCAUGCUGAUGUAGCCUUUUUUGUUUUUGUCACGCUAUUUGAAGACCUAUGUAUUGAGCUAGUCCAUCGUCCAAACGCAACGUAGAUUUAUAGGUUAAUAAUUUCGUUAUUUUAGAUAGUGCCCAGAGCAACUCUGUCUGUCUGUUAAUAUGUCUGUCUGGAUUCUUGUACACUUUUUUUUUUCCUGCACUUCCCACUCUUGGAUCCAGUUGAAACUUUCCACAAUUAUUAUAUAUAUUUAUAGCUUUUAUACAGUGCUACUUUCAUGCUUAUAGCAUGUUCAGGGCGCUUUGGUCCAAUCUCAUUAGUGGACCAGUGGGGGGGGGGGAGGGGUAUCUAGGAGUUAGUUUUCCGCGCUGCCUUUAGGCGCUCAGUAAACACAACUCUGUGUGUCGAACCUCGAGCCCUCUUCUAGGUAGCCAAGCCAAGCCAAGUUCAAGCGCACUUAGCCUCUCGACCACGCUUCCCCAUGUCAAUGAAAAAAACAUGAAUCAAUCGAAAGAUAAACCGAUUAGUUAAUUCAUUGGUGGCAAAUAAUUAAUUUUGUUUGAUAUAUAGUAAAGGAAAUUAAUAUUACAGUAUUGAGAGAUAUGACAUAAAAAGUGCAGUUAUUUCCCUAAGAUAAGCUUUAUCUUUAAAAUUUGUUUUAAAUUGUAUAUAAUACACAGUAGAAGUUACUCACUAUGUAUAUGCAUUCUUAUACCAAUCAUUGAGAGACUGUUUGUAUGUAUCAGUCUCUGAGAAGAGACCAAGAAUUCAUCUAUGUUGAACUUAAGAAGCUUCAUUUAAUAAAAGUUUUAUUAUUCCUUGUA